UUGGGCAGGCGACCAUGGAUACCUGGGUCUUGUGGUUCUUGCUCUUGCAAAGUGUACUCCAGUACCCACAGCCUGUGGGUGAUGGAUUGGACGAGGUGACCCGUCUGCGAAUGGAGGCGUGGGCCAAGCUCCAGGAAGAGGAGAAGAUUCGUCUGGAGCGGGAGGUGGAGCAGCUGGCCCUGAAGCAGGGUGUGUGGGACUGGGGAGACCUGCUCUGCUCUGCCUUGUGGCUCUGGCAGCACUGGGCUGUUGCUGGGCUCCUGCUGCUUCUCUUGGCCUUGUGGUACAUGUGGAGGAAAAGGAGCCUGAGGAGAGAGGAGCAUGAGGAAGAAAUCGAUGGUGCAAAUGAAGAGGAGGACAGAUAUGUGGAGGAAAUCGAAGAAGCUGCUGGAAAUGGAGAAGUGGAUGUGGGAUAUGAAGGGGAAGAAGAUGAUGGAGACGAUGUGAAUGGGGAGGAAAACAGAAAUGAUGAUGGCAACGCGAUGGAAGUUGCUGCACAUGCACAAGUCCAUGUUGCAAAUGAGGUCGAGGAGCUGGAUGAUGACGAUAGAAUUGGAAGAAUGGUAAUGGAGCGCAUCCAGUGGCCAGUGCAGUAUCUGCUGAGAGGAUGCCAGUGGACGACUGACCUCAUGGACAAUUUUGCAAGUUACUUUCGGCGCGUCUUGUCCGACUCCUUCUACCCAGUCCUGCAAGAAGCCAUUGGGGUGGGCAGUGCCUUUGAAGGUUGGAGUCCCCGUGAGGAGGAUGUUGUGUACCAGGUGCUGGUACCCAUGACUCCUCCCCGAGGGCACAGCUUCCACCUGGAGCUGGACACUGCAGGGCAGAGGCGCGUCAGGAACUUCCGCGUGCGUGUGCAGCAGGAGUGCACCUGCGGCAGGGCGCAGCGGGGUAAGGACAUGCUGUGCUUCCUGCACCAGCCCGAGGAGGAGCUGAGGACGAAGCAGGAUCCCAGCCUCGUUGACACGCUGUGCACCGACUCCUACCUGGACGUGCACAAAACUGCCCGCUGGUUCUACCAGCUGGUGAGAGCAGUCUGGCCGGCUUUGCUUCAGUCCCACAGUUGGCAUUUAGUGCUGCUGCCCUGCAGACGCUCCUGCCAAUUCCAGGUGACCAACGGCAGGGAAAGCUUCCGCAUCGAGAUGCUCUUUGGGGUGAGACAGGGCGACUCGGACGUGUUUGUGAGCAGCGAGCCUCGAGAAGCCUAUACCUCAAGCACAGUGUGGCCGGAGAGCUACGCCGUGGCAGAGAUGAAGUUCUUCAAGUACAUCGCCAGGCGGGCCCCCUAUGACAGCUUGCACCUCAAAUGCCUGCAGUUCUUCACCCGUCUGCAGCUGGGCUUGGGCUUUUCCACCUACACCAUCAAGACUAUUGUCAUGCACCUCCUGAGCGUGGUACCCGUGUCACAGUGGCGCAGGAGACAUUUUGUGAGGCGAGUGCUGGACAUCAGCGAGAGCCUUCGCACAUAUGUGCAAAUGAGACGCCUCAACCACUUCAUUGUGGGCAACCGGAGGCUUCCUGAGGGGAUCAGUUUGCCCCCAGAUGUUCUAAUGGCCGAGUCACGGAAUCUCUUCUAUGACCUGGAGAUGGAUCCCAUUGCCCACUCCCAGGCCAUGAGUCAGUACAUGGAUCUGCACUGGUGGCUCAAACGGAUCAUUGACAAUGAAGAGUGA